AGGGGAGGGGCCAUGGCCGUCCCAGCCAAGAAGAGGAAGAUGAACUUCUCUGAGCGGGAGGUGGAGAUCAUCGUGGAGGAACUAGAGCUGAAGAAGCACCUGCUGGUGAACCACUUUAAUGCUGGUGUCCCUCUGGCUGCCAAGAGCGCGGCUUGGCACAGCAUCCUGAGAAGGGUCAAUGCUGUGGCCACCUGCCGCAGGGAGCUGCCUGAAGUCAAGAAGAAGUGGUCUGACCUCAAGACUGAGGUCCGUCGCAAGGUUGCCCAGGUCCGGGCUGCCGUGGAGGGUGGAGAGGCACCGGGGCCCACUGAGGAGGAUGGAGCUGGUGGGCCUGGGACAGGUGGUGGCAGUGGUGGCGGUGGCCCAGCUGUAGCCCCUGUACUGCUGACCCCCAUGCAACAACGCAUCUGCAACCUUCUGGGUGAGGCCACCAUCAUCAGCCUGCCCAGUACCACCGAGAUCCAUCCUGUGGCCCUUGGACCCACGGCCACUGCAGCUGCAGCCACGGUCACCCUGACACAGAUCCCUACCGAGACAGCCUAUCACACGCUGGAGGAGGGAGUGGUGGAGUACUGCACUACAGAGGCACCCCCACCCUUGCCAGCCGAGGCCCCUGUGGAGAUGAUGGCCCAGCACGCAGACACGUCUGUCAAGCCGCAAGCGCUCAAGAGUCGUAUUGCCCUCAACUCUGCCAAGCUGAUACAGGAGCAGCGGGUCACCAAUCUGCACGUGAAGGAGAUUGCCCAGCACUUGGAGCAGCAGAAUGACUUGCUGCAGAUGAUCCGGAGGUCCCAGGAGGUGCAGGCCUGUGCCCAGGAGCGCCAGGCCCAGGCCAUGGAGGGUACCCAGGCAGCCCUGAGUGUCCUCAUUCAGGUCCUCCGGCCCAUGAUCAAAGAUUUCCGCCGCUACCUGCAGAGCAACACACCCAACCCGGCUCCUGCCUCUGACCCUGGACAGGUGGCCCAGAACGGGCAGCCGGACAGCAUCAUCCAGUGAGGGCAGAGGUGGAGCCAGCCUUCUGCUGUGAUUGGAUGAAACUUCCGUGGUCUUGUAAGUGGGUUCUGUGAUUGGCCUUAGGCCGGCCACGUGGACAGCUCCCUCUCUGACAAACAUUUAGGGGUCUCCUGUU